UAUACAAGAUAAACCAUAAAUACAAUAUUAUGAGGUCUGAUUUGGAUAAACGUGAUACAAGCAUGUGAUGACAAUAACUAUUGUACUCUCAGAAAAGUGAUAAGACAAAGGCUAUAAAACUGUCCUGCAUGUCUUUUAUAGAAAGCACUGAUUGGAUCUCACAACACUGAGAGAAACGCAAACGAAGAGUCAAUACAGACCAAGAUUAACACUGAAAGCAAGUCUUUGGAGACAAAAUGAGAAAAUUACUUUUGCUGGUUCUCACCAUAACAGCUCCUAUAGUUUUUUCCAGUCCACCAGUUCAGGAUGAGAAGCUUCCUGAUGAAGUGGUGAAGGUGCCAGUGGUCGAACAAGAACCGACAGUAGAGCUCACAGAAGAACAAGCAGGUCCUCGGAUACAGGAUGAAGCUAUUGCAGAUUCACGUAUGGUGGAGCCUGAUUCAGUGCUGCUGGAGCCAGAGACAACAGAGGAGCACAGAAAACCAGAAGAGACACAAGUAAUGAUGGAGGAACCUGUGCUAGAGGCAGAUUACUUGCCUAAAGAGACGCCAGAGACAGAACUAGAGCCUGAGCUGGAAAUAACUGCCAGUCAGAUAGAAAGAAACAACGUAUCUGAGCAUAUAGUGGCAGAAGAUCUAGAAAUACAAAUGGAACCUGAGAGGGGUAGUCGAAGGGCGAAUACUGGAAGGUGGUCUUGUGGAGGAGUUAUCCUACAGGGCAAAUGUUACCAGUACUUCAGAAUAAACCUUGAUGGCUUUCAUGCUGAGUAUCACUGUAAAUCCAUCUGCCAUAAUGGCAACCUGGCCUCGGUGGCAAGUAGCUACAUUCUUGGUGAAUUAGGCAAUUUAAUGGAUCAGAAUGGAGGUCGCACUCACGCAUGGCUUGGAGGACGGAGAGUCAUUGGUACAAAUAAUUUCAAAUGGUUGGAUAGAACGUUGUGGAGCUAUAAUGGCUGGAAUGUAGGAGAGCCCAAUAAUGCUGGUGGGAUGGAGAACUGUGUAGAGACGUGGUAUAAUCUGGCAUUUAAUGAUGCACCAUGCACAAUACCCAAACCAUUCAUCUGUUCCUGUCCACUUUAGACAGCCAGAAGGUUAACCUAACCUCCAACACAGUAACCUAUGUGCAGUAACUAUGACAUUUUUUUUAAUAAUAAUAAUUAUUAUUACCAUUUUUAAAGAUGAAUUUAUAAGGGUUAACAACUGAUGUUUUAUUAAAUUUGCUUUGCAUUGUUUACAAAAAAUAAUAAUAAUAACAAACACAAUAAACACAAAUUGUUGUAAGCAUUUUAAUUGUUUACUAGCUAAAACAUGCUUUUGAACACUUCUACUGUAUGUUUAAAUAAAG